GGAAGGCUUUAUCUUUUGACAGGUGAAGGCCAAUAGGCCAUUGAGGUUCAUUAUAAAUAGGAUAGAGACUCCCACACUCAAACGAUGGUAGCCAUUGUUGUGUCCUUGGCUUCUACGUUAUUCACAGUAGCUGCUCCUUCUUCUUCCACCUCUUUCUUAACUAAAUUGCGUUCUUCUCCUACUCUCAGACUUUCUUUUGCAGUUACACCCUUGGGUUCUCGCAGAGGAAAGCUCAUGGCUCACACCAUUGCUAGGGCCACUCUUGGCCUUACUCAACCUUCUCCCAUUGAAUCCCCAAAGAUCUCUUUUGCUGCGAAAGAGAUCGAUGUGACAGAAUGGAAGGGAGAUAUACUUGCUGUUGGGGUAACAGAAAAGGACUUCAAGAAAGAUGAUAACAGUAAGUUUGAGAAUCCCAUUUUGAAGAAGCUAGAUUCUCACUUGGGUGGUCUAUUGGCUGAAGUCUCCUCUGAGGAGGAUUUCAGUGGAAAGGUUGGCCAGUCAACCAUUGUUAGACUUCCUGGUCUUGGAUCAAAGAGGGUUGGUUUGAUCGGGCUUGGACAGUCUGCUUCAACUACAGCGGCUUUUCGGGGUCUCGGUGAGGCUGUUGCUGCAGCAGCCAAAGCUGCUCAAGCAAGUGAUGUUGCUAUAGUGCUGGCUUCAUCUGAGGAUCUUUCUGCUGAAUCUAAACUCACCACAGCUUCAGCUAUUGUAUCUGGAACUGUGUUGGGAUCCCAUGAAGAUACUAGGUAUCGAUCAGAGUCUAAGAAAUCUAACCUUAAAUCUGUGGACAUUCUUGGUCUUGGAAGUGGUCCUGAAUUGGAGAAGAAGCUCAAAUAUGCUGAAGAUCUUUCUUCUGGAAUAAUUUUUGGGAAAGAGCUUGUGAAUUCACCUGCCAAUGUACUUACACCUGGGGUUCUUGCUGAAGAGGCCUCGAAGAUUGCUGCGGAGUACAGUGAUGUUCUGUCUGCAAAAAUAUUGGAUGUAGAGCAAUGUAAAGAAUUGAAAAUGGGUUCCUACUUGGCUGUUGCUGCUGCUUCUGCAAAUCCCGCUCAUUUUAUUCAUUUGACUUACAAGCCUUCAAGUGGACCUGUAAAGGCCAAGUUGGCAUUAGUUGGAAAAGGGCUUACUUUUGACAGUGGUGGCUACAACAUCAAGACAGGACCUGGCUGCUCUAUUGAGCUCAUGAAAUUUGACAUGGGUGGUUCAGCAGCAGUCUUAGGUGCUGCUAAAGCUAUUGGUCAAAUCAAACCCCCUGGCGUAGAGGUUCACUUCAUUGUCGCAGCUUGCGAGAAUAUGAUAAGUGGAACAGGCAUGAGACCUGGGGAUAUUGUAACAGCAUCAAAUGGAAAGACAAUAGAAGUCAACAACACUGAUGCUGAAGGUAGACUUACACUGGCAGAUGCUUUGGUAUAUGCUUCUAACCAAGGUGUUGACAAGAUUGUUGAUUUGGCAACUUUAACUGGCGCUUGCGUAGUUGCUCUUGGACCAUCAAUUGCAGGUAUCUUUACACCCAGUGAUGAACUGGCUAAGGAGGUAGUUGCAGCUUCCGAAGCUGGUGGGGAGAAACUUUGGAGGUUGCCAAUGGAGGAUAGUUAUUGGGAGUCGAUGAAAUCAGGAAUAGCUGAUAUGGUCAAUACUGGUGGUCGUCCAGGUGGUUCUAUUACUGCAGCUCUCUUCUUGAAACAGUUUGUGGAUGAAAAAGUACAGUGGAUGCACAUUGACAUGGCCGGCCCGGUCUGGAAUGACAAGAAGCGCACCGCCACAGGAUUUGGCAUUUCUACUCUGGUUGAAUGGGUUGUGAAGAACUCCUCUUAGAUUGAUUGGUUUCGUUUUUCAUCUGUGGAGCAAGGGAGAGUGUGAUUUGGGACCGAAGCAGUUUCAAUCUUGGUGGAAUUCUUGAGUGUUCUUAGCCAGGUUAUGCUGCAUGGCGCCACAAAGCAAUGAGCCUUAGGGUGUGACCUUCUUUUUUCAUGUCUUUGGCUCUUUAUAAUAAAAAAAGAACUUGCUUCAUAA